CGCUGGGGACCGAACCUGGAACCUUAGGACUACGAAUCCCGAGCGCUGUUCACUUGGCCGUCGGCUGUCGAGCAAAUAAAAAUGAUUCAAUCUUUCUGAGACAAGACCUUCACCUUGUAGUAUCACACAAGGGAUAAAAUAAACUUGAUGAACAGGUUUCCAUGAAAUUUCUUAGUCAACCGGUACACAAUUUAUGUAAAACUAUCAAUGUAUGAUUGUCAAAUAAACCCUGCCUAACAAACCUGCCGAUGUUCUUGGAGAGAAACAACUGCACAAAAGACCACCAGUAGCUGUAUCGUAUAUGGACUACUCUAAAGCUUUUGAUAGUGCCAUGGAAUAAAUGGAUAGAAUGGAUAAAAAUGAUUGUUAAAACAGAGCAACGAAAGGAUCGUCCUAAAUGGAAGAGAACAACUGAUCAAAUCUUGAGUACAGUACUGCAUGAUUCUAUCGUAGGGUCGACCCCUUUUGUAAAAUUUAAUAAUAUAAAACAUUGAUAAAAUACAAAAACAUAUAAUCAAACUUGCAUAAUAGGAAGUGAAAACAAUGUUGAGGCCUUGGAAAAGUAUCUACAGUAUAUGAAUUCCACAGUCAGACAGACGACUGGCAAAUGCUUUUCAAUAUUGAAAUACAGUAAACCAUAACAAUACACAUUACAGUACUGUGUAUAUAUAACAUACCCAACAGCACAGCCAUGCUGAAAACCUAAGAGUUGUGAUCCACCAGCACUUGAGAAUUUCUCAGAAUGUGGGAGCUGCAGUAAUUAGUUGGCCAACUGUAAGAGCUGAUGAACUGUUGACUUUCAGGAAAAUAAAGUGGUUAUUCGCCUGGAUUUCAUCUAUGGAAAACUCCCAUCUGCUCUAAUGUAUCCAAUCAUGGAGACAAUGCCUUUGAAAGGACAAAUAAGGGACAAAUAUCAUUCCAGAACCAAGUUAACUCUAAACAGGAAAAGCUGAGGUUUUCAGGACCAACACUGCAAACCAGACAUGAUGAGGGUUUUUCAGAAUAUGGAGAUAUUAAUACAGAUGACUUCAUUAAAAGAUUAUGAAAGAUUAGACCUUUGGCAAGGGAUUCGGAGGUUCGCCUGUCCAUCUCGGCAAAUCUCCGUGCCUAUAUUGUGUGCAUCAGUAGCAGCUCCGAUGCCCAUCUACUCUUCAACAAUGGCUGGUGAUGUGUGGGGCCAGUGGUUUACGUGCUGCAUCACUCAACAGCCACCACAGCGUCGGCGUCGCCGUAUAGACCGCACCAUGAUUGGAGAGCCAACCAACUUCGUACACACAGGGCACAUUGGCUCGAGUGAUGUACAGAUGGCCAAUAACCAGUUGGCCCAAUUACAGUCCCAAAUGAAGAGUAAAGGAGGAUAUGAAGAGGCUUUACCGCACAACCAUAUGAUGGCAGUUGUUGCAGUGCAAAGAACAUAAGAAAAAUAUGACGUAGCAGAAAGCUGGAAAAAUAGUUCUUCCGUGCAAACUGGCCUCGGGAUCCACUUCUAUGUUACAAAGUUGGAAGAUACAGAUCUUGCCAUAUAUGAGGUGUUUAGCUUGUGCUGUGUCUCGUGUCCAUGGUGCUCCUUAUAUUCAGGUCAAAUGCCUUGUGUACCAAGACUUGACUCCCCCCUUGUGACUCAUUAUAGCCUGUGUACUUGAUUAAGGUUUGAGAACCUGUUUCUUGUUAACUACUGUACUUCCACCAGCAUUUAUUGUGUGUCUUGUGUGUGAAAAUUCUGAAUUUAUUCUACAGUUAUAAAUAUUGGUUUAAAUGUUAUAAAAAUGUGCUCAAAUCUAUUACUUAGCUCGUGUAGCGUGGUAAGAGUAGUUAAUUUUGGCGCAAAAAUUGUGUACAUUAUUUCUCAGUAAAUGGAGUUGUGCACAAAGGAAAAUAUUCAUCAAUUUAAAAAAAUUAUGACUAAUUUUGGUGUGAUGUCUUCAUGUAAACUGUGCGUUACUGAAGAAUAGAUUUUAAUGUUCGAUUCUCAUCUCUCAAAUGGUUUGUAGUUCCAUGGUAAGCUUAAAGAAAUUGUCAUAUUCUCCAGCAACUCACAUCCUUCUACAUCUUCCACUGGAGGGUAUGGUGCAUUGACUCGAGUGUAUAUUUUGCCAUGCCUCACCUUGAACCGUAUUCUUAUAUGGGCAAUUAGGUUUGGGUUUGGGUCGUGCUUUGGGAGCUUUUUUUUGGCGGGACGUUAGUGUCAUUUUAGUGGUUAAGGCCGGGUUAGUCUCCUCAUAUUUUGUACAAAUACUGAAUAUAUGUAAUAAUGUAAGUAACCACAUGAAUCGAUCUAUUUGUUGGAAUAAGAGAUCUUUUGUGUAAUAUAUUUAAUUAUGACUUAGUAUUAAUUAUGGAAGCAAAGUUGUCCAAUUUCUAUUCGGAGGUGGAAGGCCUAUCUGUUAAUUUUAACGUUCUCAAAUAUUUCUGGAUUGUUUGAUUCCUGUAUUGGUCCCGCUCUGUAACAAGUCUGUCCUGUAAGUGAUCCAAAUUUACCUUGCACAGUUACCAUUCCACAUUAUUUGGAAACAUUUGGGUAAGUUUGUAGUGCUUCAUUGAUUGUUAAUCCAUUGGUAGGAGUAUAAAUAAUGCACUUCGAAUAUUGCAUCAUUUUAUUAAGUGCAUUCGUGAUCUUGAAAGUCGUUAAACUAAGUGGUCAUUGUUGGAAAAUAGACGAGCUGGAUAAUUUAGGAAGCUUGUAAUAGAUAUCCCAUUAUCCACGAAUCACAUUAUUGUAAAUUAUAUUUUUGCAAAAAAAUUGUGUGUGAAUUGUUAUAUAAAAAUGCUAGGUAUAUAUAUAUGUACUAUAUAUAUAUAUGAGCUAGGUGCACAAAUGAACUUGAUGCAUUAGUAGGCACACAUGAACUAUGUACACAUGAACCAAGAACUAGGUGCAAAUCACUCAGGUAGACAGUGAAAAAUAGUUUCAUUAUUGAGGUGCCAUUUAUCUAACAUAGACAAUCCUCUCAUUCUGGUGAGAUGAUGUAUGCAAGAUAGAAGAAAUAUUGUUACACAUUGCCAAGCAUUCCAAACUGCCAUCAGUAGGCUAACAAAAAAUGUAUUUUGCCAAUUAAUUGCCCGUUGCCCUCGGUUAAUUUUGAGAACCUUUUUAAAACCAAUAUCUUGUCUUGCCAGCACUAACCUUAUCCAAGAGAGACUAAGAUAUGAUGUUGACCAGACCACACACUAGAAAGUGAAGGGACGACGACGUUUCGGUCCGUCCUGGACCAUUCUCAAGUCGAUUCUUGCAAUCGACUUGAGAAUGGUCCAGGACAGACUGAAACGUCGUCGUCCCUUCACCUUCUAGUGUGUGGUCUAGUCAACAUAUUUCAGCCACGUUAUUGUGACUCAUCGUCUGCACUAAGAUAUGAUUGUCAUGUUGUGACCUUUGUACAGUGUCCCAGCUAGUGAGGAGUUGUGGUGGUGUGUGCUUGUUUAAUUUUAACAUGUAUUUCUAAGUAUGCUAUUUUGUAGGCGUAAAUCUUGAGCUUUCUAGUAUUUGUAUUUAGAGGUUAGCUGUCGGAAAAAGACUGCCAAUGUGUAUGAAAUGAUAUAUAAACAAUGACAAGAUUGGUGCAGAUUAUACAAUAUGUAAACUCUUAGUUUGGUGCAUUUUUUCUCAUAUUUGGUACAUAGCAACCAAGUGUUUUCUCUGAAUGGUUGUCUUCUCAGAAAAAAAAUAAUAAUAAUAAAAAAUAAAAAUUGUAAACUCCUAGCUGGGAGACCGUUUAGCCUUAUCCCGUGCCUUCUGUAACCCAGUCAAUACUAUAUCUUAAUAGGGACCAGGGAUCCCCUUUACAUGUUAAAUGUCCAUCCAUUUUUUAUCUUUGAACUUUUUUUUUUUUCUCCUCCUUGUGACAGAUUAAGUUUAUUAAUGACAAAACUGAAGCAUGGCCAACAGGUAGCUUUGCUAAAAGGAAAUACUUUACAGUAUCAUGACAUGUUUUACUCCCUGAAGAGGUAAUGAGAUUUAGCUCGGUUAAUAUGUUAAAUUUCUGCAUUUAUAUAUUUUGGCCUUCAGAAAGUUAAAAAAAUAUUGUUAAUGAUAGUUAAGACUUAAUUUGAGAACGUUGUACUCAAGAGUUACUGUAUGCAUUUUUAAUGACCAGUGUUUUAGGUAAUAGACUUAACUUUCUGAUGUUAAAUUAGGUGCAUAUAUAUAUUUAAAUGGAUAUUCAUGUUGUAUGUUGUAUAUUAAGCCAUGUUGAUGUUAAACAUGUGUUCUGAUGUCAUGUUUGGUAAUACAAAUUUAUUUUAAAGCCAUUUUAAGACAUGGUUGUAUUGUAGCCAGUUAUAUAUCCAGAAUCUUGAAUAUUCUUAUGGUGGGUGAAUUUUUAUAAUGUAGAAAUUGUCUUGCAAUAGGAAUGUUGCUCUGCCCUUCCUCCCCAAUUUUCCUAGUCUGUCUCUGAAUAAUUUAUUUAUUGUUUAAAAGGAAUUCAUAUAUAGUGAUCACUGUUGUCAAGUAUGCUAUUUUUAAUGUCACUGGUCUAGUCCUUUAAACAUGUUUUGAUUUGGCUUUGACAUUGAGGUAAUUUUAAAUUUUUGGCAGAGUAAGAAGAAAAAUAAUUUUGUAUCAAAUAUACUUAGAUAUAAAACAUUUUUGUAAUGAGCACAAAAUUUUUUUUAGGUUUAACCAGUGUAUUCCAUGUGUAAUUUUUAAUUUGUCAUUCUUCUGAUCUUGUAACAUUGAUUUGUGUAUAAAACUUCACAUCUAGAUCAGUAUGUACAAAUUGUCAAUGAAUACAAUUUAUCAUCCCAGAUACAAUUCAGCAAAAGAUUUUAUGAUGUUCACGAUAUAGAAGGGUAAUGAAUAACUGUAUAUACAAAUGUUUGCAUUGACAAGGACCAAUAAUUUGUGUAACAGUGGAAGGCGUUCAGACUACAAACGGCAGUUGUACUUCAGCUCUGUUCUCAAUUUCCAGUUCUUCCAUUUGAUAAUUUCAUCACUUAUACAUAUUUUACCUUUUUAAUAUUGUGAAUUUAGGGCAGUAGAACCAAAUAAAAUGCUGAACUUAU